AUGGCUUUUGAACGGUCGUUAAGUAACGACCUUAAACAGCGCUGUGGGCCGCUCUCCCAGGAGUCCCUAGCAGCCAAGCACCAGCAGACAAGCACCAGCAGCCAAGCACCAACAGACAAGCACCAGCAGACAAGCACCAGCAGGCAAGCACCAGCAGACAAGCACCAGCAGCCAAGCACCAGCAGACAAGCACCAGCAGACAAGCACCAGCAGACAAGCACCAGCAGACAAGCACCAGCAGGCAAGCACCAGCAGACAAGCACCAGCAGACAAGCACCAGCAGACAAGCACCAGCAGGCAAUCACCAGCAGACAAGCACCAGCAGACAAGCACCAGCAGGCAAGCACCAGCAGACAAGCACCAGCAGACAAGCACCAGCAGACAAGCACCAGCAGACAAGCACCAGCAGACAAGCACCAGCAGACAAGCACCAGCAGACAAGCACCAGCAGACACGCACCAGCAGACAGGCACCAGCAGACAAGCACCAGCAGACACGCACCAGCAGACAGGCACCAGCAGACAAGCACCAGCAGCCAAGCACCAGCAGACAAGCACCAGCAGACAAGCACCAUACCAGACUCCAUCGUACCUCACUCCAUAA